AUUCAAAAACUGCUGGGGCAGGUGCUGGGCAUUGUGAUCGACGCAACCGCCUACGAAGAUGCAAAAGGAUUCACUGUACUUGCGCUUUGCCGCCGGUGCCGUUGCAUCUGCCUCUGCGGAGAUGGCCACACUUCCUGUGGAUAUCACGAAAGUACGGUUGCAAGCCCAGGGGAUGGCAAGUACUAGUGGUGGUACCACUAGUGCGUCCGUCGUCAAGUACACCGGCAUGCUGGAUGCAGUGCGGAGGAUCGCGAUAGAUGAAGAAGGUCCACUGGCGCUUUGGAAGGGAGCGCAACCAGCCGUGGCACGACAAUUCGUGUAUUCCAGCAUGUGCAUGGUGCUCUACGAACCUUUUCGCGAUGCCAUCACAUUGUUCCGUGGCAACAACAACGACGGCGCCAGCGGCAUGUCGUUUGCUCAAAAGCUAAUGGCUGGUGGGCUCGCUGGUGCGUUUAGUGUCAGCAUUGCGAAUCCGGUUGACGUAAUUAAAGUUCGUAUGCAGGCCGAUCGAAGCGGUGUCCUAUACAGCGGCAUCACGGACGCAGUGGCGAAAAUCCAUCAACAAGAAGGGUUCCGGGGAUUUCUUAAGGGCGUGGGUCCAAACGUCACGAGAGGCUUCAUCGUCAACGCCGCGGAACUUGGGGUGUAUGAUCAAGUGAAAACGUCGUUGAUUUCGCACGGGAUCGUGGAAGAAGGAGGCAUCGGGGCGACGUUUGGGGCGAGUCUCUUUGCCGGGCUCGCGGGGGCGGCGGCAUCCAAUCCCGUGGACGUCCUCAAGACCCGAUUGAUGACGCAACCAGCUGGCGCGGCGGCGCUAUAUACAGGCAUGUUUUCCUGCGCCCGCCGCACGUUCCAGGAGGAAGGCGUGAAGGCGUUCUACAAGGGGUUCAUUCCCAACUGGAUGCGCAAGGCGCCGUGGUGUGUUGUGUUCUUUGUCACGUACGAACAAUGUCGCGCGAUGAUGGCGGCGCAGGACGCCACGGCAGUGACGUUUGUGCUGAAUAGCAACCAGAAAAAAGUCUAAGGCAACGACCGUAGCAAUGUAUGUAGUAGUAACGUUAAGCAAUGCAUUGGAAAAAGCAGAGUGUAUUGCACUAG